AGAAUCUCCAUCACCCAAGUACCCAGAACCUCCAAGCACCUAGGCAUUGACACACGACCAAGUGAGCUAGAACCACAAGUUUAUGAAUUCAAGUAAGCCCAUCUGCACCAAUAUAAGAACCGUAAGUCUAAACUCUACACAUGAGUGCUGCUACACAGAUGAGGCCUUGAUUACUCUCUCUCUCUCUCUCUCUCUCUCUCUCUCUCUCUCUCUCUCUCUCUCUCUCUCUCUCUCUCUCUCUCUCUCAUGGCUCUUGCCAAUUCUAACGGGUAUACUGCCACAAGCUCUCAGCGUGAAGAAUCUCACUCUGUGAUUAACUUCAAAACAGGGUACAGCAAUUCCAUUCACAACAGUGGAUCUCUUCUUAUAUUCGACCAAAAUGAUCAAAUCCUACAAAACCCGCACCCGCAACAGCAUGGUUACACAAUUUGGGAAGACAAUUAUGACCCGAUUCAGAAUUACCAGAAUCAGCUGAAUCCCCAGCGCACCGCCUCCAACUCGCGCCUGUUGCAAGAUAUCGAUAGUGUUGAUCAAUGCGGCAAUGCGUUCGGGUGGCCAGAUUCAGACGAGGCAAAUGUCAUUCCCACAAGUGGAACGAAUCGCGAGUUCGGAACACAAGAAGCAUGCUCCAAUAAGCGUCCUCAUACGGGUGAGAGCAUGCAACCUCUCAAGAAGCAGUGCAGCAGCACAGGUACUGCAACAAGGAAGGCAAAACCAAAGCCAACUCAUCAAUCCAAGGACCCACAAAGUAUUGCAGCCAAGAAUCGACGGGAAAGGAUUACUGAGAGGCUCAAGGUUCUGCAGGAACUUGUUCCCAAUGGUUCCAAGGUUGAUUUGGUGACCAUGUUAGAGAAAGCCAUAAGUUACGUCAAGUUUCUUCAAUUACAAGUGAAGGUGUUGGCAACAGAUGAAUUUUGGCCAGUACGAGGAGGAAAAGCUCCUGAUAUUUCUCAAGUGAAAGAAGCCAUUGAUUCCAUCCUCUCUUCUCACAAGGACAGAAACUCAAGUUCAGAUUGAUUAAUUCUUAAACAACCACAAGAAGAAGACAAUUUUAUUAUUAAUUUUGUUUUUGUUGUGAAGAAAAAGUUGUCCAUUGGAAUUUACUACUCUGAGAUGCAACCUUGUUUUGUUUUGUCUUUUCUAAUUGUAUGUUAAAAUAUGAGUUGGGAAGGUUGUAUCUAUUAGAUUGGAUCUGAUGAAAUAAGUUAAAAGUUCUCGUU